GAGCGGCGUUGCUUAGUGACGCGGCAGCACGCGCUGCGACCGGGCAGUUGCGACCGUUCGGGCCGUUGGGGUCUGAGGGUGGCGGCCGGGGCCAGCGGGCAGAGGCCGUGGGCAGACGACUGGCAGCCGUCCGCAGGGCGAGAUCUGAAUGGAGUCUCAAUAUCUGAAGAGAUGCCUGGGAAGUUGCCUGAAAAAGGGACUGGCAGAGGUUGUAGAGCAUCGGCCAGCAGACCCAAUAGAGUACCUGGCACAUUGGAUUUAUAAUUACAAGAGAAUCUUAGAUGAAGAAAAAAAGAGAAUGUUGGAGAGGAUUGAGCUGGAAAAAGAACGGGAGGCAGCCCUGGAAGAACUUGAAAUGUUAAGAAAAAUGAAGGAGGAAGAGAUGAUGAUUCAGCAGAAACUCGAAGAACAACGUCAGAGGCAGUUGGAAGAAGAACGUGCGAAGCUGGAGCUGCAGAAUGAAGAAGACAAGAUGCAGUUGCAGCAGAAGGAUCAAGAGGGAAGUGAAAAGACAAUUGCUGAACUUACAGAUAGACCUGGAGCACCUAAUUUGACCACAGUUGAGGAGCUAGAUGAGAGUGGACAGUUUGAGACUGCAACAGAUGUCAUGGCAGAAUCAGAACAAGAAGAUUCCCAACCGAUCUGAAAGCAGUAAAUAUAUUUUCUAUUCAUUGCUUGCUGAAUAACUUUCUAUUCAUUGAUUGCUGAAGGGCAAUGCCUUAAUUUAUGUAUUUUAUAUAUAGAACUGAUUUGUAUACCUGUUAUUUCAGUUUCCUUGCUUUCUGGGUGUAUGAAGUCUCUUAGUUCUGGCAUGCCAUGCUACAUUUUUGCUCUUAAACCAGAGUAGCUGUCAUGGAUGACUUGAAGGAAUAAAACUGGAGUUGUGAUGAAAGCAGCAAAUAUAUAUUUUACUUACUGCCCACUGAUUCUUGGAGAGUAACAACUUAAAAUUCAUAUGGAUUUUAUAGAUAUAAUUCAUGUAUCAAGGUUGUUUUGGGGUAAGGGCAACAAUAUGAUAAUUUGAAUCAAUAAUAAAAAAAAGCGAAAGAUCAAAAAAACUUUACAAGAAUUUGAAAGGUUUCUGAUAUUAAGAAAGCAUGAUAUAUAUAUAUAUGUCAGGAGAUGGAGAGAGAGUUCUAUACAUCAAACUAAAUGCAAAAAUUUAGUCAGAAGAUUUAUGCCAUCUAGAAGUAACCUUCUCACUCAGUAGACAGGUGUACUAAAAGACCUUCUGCAUCUAACAUAGAAAUCAUGAGGUACUUUUUGUAACUCUAGGUGUUUGCUCUGGAGUUUAGAUAAACCUUUCUGAUUAUUGUGUGAUAUUAGGUGAGCUACAAGUGUCUGCAUGUCCGUUUUGGUAAAUCAGGUCUUAAAAUAAUCCUCUGCAUUUGUCUUGAAUUUGCAAGUCAAUAAACUAUGUCUGUGUUGAUUA